CUCGGGCGGGGUCACUGGCCAGGAGGCCCCGCCUUCCGCCAGAAAGCCCCAGGCCCGCAGGCCCCGCCCAUGGGUCUGCAGGCCGGAUCCCCGGGUUCCUAGGCUGGGACUGCCUCUCAACCACCUCUGUCAUUUUCAAUAAGAAGAAAUAACUCUACAUUCAAAUUUGAGCAGGGCAUUUGGUGACCCACUUAGACAUGACAUUCCUUGGCCUCCCUUUCAGCCAGAUGAGAAAACUGAGGCACAGAGAGGUGAAAUAAAUUAGAACAGAACAAUAUCAAAUAACUAACUUCACCCCCAACCAUAGUCCUUGCUGUUGGCAUUUACUCAACUAGUCCUGUUUGACACACUUUAUAAGGUGCUGCAAGGCAGAUGAUUUUUCACCUUCUACCGUAAUGUGGAACAGAUAUUUUGUCUUCUAUCUCCUGCUUUUGUCAGCGUUUACUAGUCAAACAGUAUCUGGACAAAGAAAGAAAGGACCAAAGCCAAAUUUGCUUGCAAGGAAAAGUGAUGUCCAGGACUCCAUUUGUUUCAUAGAUAUUGUCUUCAUCGUGGACAGCUCUGAAAGUUCUAAAAUUGUCCUCUUUGAUAAACAGAAAGAUUUUGUGGAUGGCUUGAGUGACAAGAUUUUCCGAUUGACUCCUCGUCGCUCUGUGGAAUAUGACAUAAAACUGGCAGCCCUUCAGUUUAGCAGCUCUGUCCAAAUUGAUCCACCUUUUUCUUCUUGGAAGGACCUGCAGACAUUUAAGCAGAAGGUCAAGUCUAUGAAUUUAAUUGGGCAAGGUACUUUCUCUUAUUAUGCCAUCUCCAAUGCCACUAAGCUACUUAAAAGAGAAGGGCGAAAGGGUAGUGUGAAAGUGGCUUUGCUGAUGACUGAUGGCAUCGACCAUCCAAAGAAUCCAGAUGUUCAAAGUAUUUCUGAUGAUGCGAGAAUUUCAGGAAUAUCAUUUAUCACUAUUGGACUUUCUACUGUAGUCAAUGAAGCCAAACUUCGUUUGAUCUCUGGGGAUUCAUCCAAUGAACCUAUUUUACUGCUGAGUGAUCCAACCCUAGUGGAUAAAAUUCAAGACCACCUGGAAACCUUAUUUGAAAAGAAGUGUGAACGCAAGAUUUGUGAAUGCGAGAAAGGAGAUCCAGGUGAUCCAGGGAAUCCUGGUACACAUGGAAACCCAGGUAUCAAAGGUGAGCGAGGACCAAAAGGAAACCCGGGCGAUGCUCAAAAAGGAGAAGCUGGAGAAAGAGGUCCAGGGGGAAUUCCUGGGUACAAAGGUGACAAGGGUGAACGUGGGGAAUGUGGUAAACCAGGAAUAAAAGGUGACAAAGGAUCCCCAGGGCCAUAUGGAGCAAAGGGACCUAGAGGAAUUCAGGGAAUUAGUGGACCUCCAGGAGAUCCAGGCCCAAAAGGGUUUCAAGGCAAUAAGGGUGAGCCAGGUCCUCCUGGUCCUUAUGGUUCUCCAGGAAUUCCUGGAAUUGGACAGCAAGGUAUUAAGGGAGAAAGAGGCCAAGAAGGAAGACCAGGAGCUCCAGGACCCAUUGGAGUUGGUGAGCCUGGACAGCCAGGUCCCCGUGGUCCAGAGGGAGUACCAGGAGAGAGGGGCUUACCCGGAGAAGGAUUUCCAGGACCAAAGGGUGAAAAAGGUUCUGAAGGACCAACUGGCCCACAGGGACUACAAGGCCUGUCAAUCAAAGGGGACAAGGGGGAUUUGGGACCUGUGGGACCCCAAGGACCAAUGGGCAUCCCUGGAAUCGGGAGUCAAGGAGAACAGGGAAUCCAAGGUCCUAUUGGUCCACCUGGUCCACAAGGGCCCCCAGGACAAGGCUUACCUGGUUCUAAGGGAGAAUUAGGCCAAAUGGGACCUACAGGCCCUCGAGGACCAGUGGGAAUUGGAGUACAAGGUCCAAAGGGGGAGCCAGGCUUAAUAGGGCUCCCAGGACAACCAGGAGUACCAGGAGAAGAUGGAGCUGCAGGGAAGAAGGGAGAAGCGGGGCUUCCGGGAGCAAGAGGCCCAGAAGGACCACCUGGAAAAGGGCUGCCUGGCCCCAAGGGUGAUGAAGGCAAGAAAGGGAGCAAAGGAAAUCAAGGACAGAGGGGACUUCCAGGGCCCGAAGGAGCAAAGGGUGAACCGGGCAUUAUGGGCCCCUUUGGAAUGCCUGGAACAUCAAUUCCUGGACCACCUGGGCCAAAGGGAGAGAGAGGAGGACCUGGGAUGCCUGGAUUUAAAGGAGAACCUGGACUUUCUAUUCGAGGACCAAAGGGUGUUCAAGGCCCUCAGGGACCAGUAGGUGCUCCAGGACUCAAAGGUGAUGGCUAUCCUGGUGUGCCUGGACCUCGAGGAUCACCAGGACCCCCUGGGCCGAUGGGUUUACGUGGAGUGGGAGACACUGGAGCAAAGGGGGAGCCUGGGGUCAGAGGCCCUCCAGGUCCUUCUGGACCUCGUGGCAUAGGAACCCAAGGGCCAAAGGGUGAUACUGGGCAGAAAGGCUUGCCUGGCCCGCCUGGCCCCCGUGGCUAUGGAUCACAAGGAAUUAAAGGGGAACAAGGACCACAAGGCUUUCCAGGGCCAAAGGGCACAAUGGGCUAUGGCCUCCCAGGCCAGAAGGGAGAGCACGGAGACCAGGGUGAUGUAGGAAAGAAAGGCGAUAAAGGAGAAAUUGGAGAGCCUGGAUCUCCAGGAAUACAGGGUUUGCAAGGACCCAAAGGAGACCUAGGACUUACAAAAGAAGAAAUUAUCAAACUUAUUACAGAAAUAUGUGGUUGUGGGCCCAAAUGCAAAGAGACUCCACUAGAGCUGGUGUUUGUGAUUGACAGCUCAGAAAGCGUGGGACCAGAGAACUUCCAGAUCAUAAAAAAUUUUGUGAAGAUUAUGGCUGACCGAGUUGCUCUGGACCUUGCCACAGCCCGCAUAGGCGUAAUCAACUAUAGCCAUAAGGUGGAGAAGGUGGCUAAUUUGAAGCAGUUCUCCAGCAAGGAUGACUUCAAGUUGGCUGUGGACAACAUGCAGUAUCUGGGGGAAGGCACAUACACAGCCACUGCUCUCCAAGCAGCCAAUGACAUGUUUAAGGAUGCAAGGCCAGGUGUAAAAAAAGUGGCCUUGGUCAUCACUGAUGGGCAGACAGAUUCUCGUGAUAAAGAGAAACUGACAGAGGUGGUGAAGAAUGUCAGUGACACCAACGUGGAGAUAUUUGUAAUCGGGGUGGUGAAGAAAAAUGAUCCCAACUUUGAAAUAUUCCACAAAGAAAUGAAUCUAAUUGCUACUGACCCAGAGCAUGUUUAUCAGUUUGAUGAUUUCUUUACCCUACAAGAUACCCUGAAGCAAAAGUUGUUUCAAAAAAUUUGUGAGGAUUUUGAUUCCUAUCUUCUUCAAAUUUUUGGUUCAUCAUCACUUCAACCUGGAUUUGGGAUGUCAGGGGAAGAACUCAGUGAAUCUACUCCAGAGACUCAAAAAGAAAUUUCUGAGUCAUUGAGUGUCACCAGAGACCAGGAUGAAGAGAAUCAGGCUCCAGAGCCAACCUGGACUGAUGCUGUGCCUGCCACUACCUCAUCUGAGGCCACCAUCACCCCAAGGCCACUGCUUAGCUCCCCUGUGGUUGGGGCAGAGGAUCCUAGAUGUUUGGAAGCCUUGAAGCCUGGAAACUGUGGUGAAUAUGUGGUUCGAUGGUAUUAUGACAAACAGGUCAACUCUUGUGCCCGAUUUUGGUUCAGUGGCUGUAAUGGCUCAGGAAACAGAUUCAACAGUGAAAAGGAAUGCCAAGAAACCUGCAUUCAAGGAUGAGCAAGUAAACUGGCCUGUCUCUAUCAAAAGUCUAGAAUUCCCUAAUUUCUGCAUAUUCACCCAAUACAAAUACAGCACUAUAGUCUAGUGUAAACUGAGUAUUUCAACUUAUCAAUGUAAUUGAAUUCUCACUACAGCCCUAGGAUGUAGGUAUUAUUAACCACUACGUAGAUAAGGAAGCUGAAGCUCUGAGAAGUUUAGUAACUUGUCAACUGUCACCCACUUAAAAAGUGUGAGAGCUGAGGAUUUAGACUUAGAGGUGUGUAACUGCAAUACACAUGCUCUAUCUACUUCACAGCCUGCAAGGUGAUUCUGAUUCCUUUCAUUCCUGCUGUAUGUACUAUGUCAGCUCAUAUCCCUACCGCUGCCCCUGCCCAUACCCUUACCCACUCACCUCCCCAACCUCCUUAUGUCCCACCUAUCCCAGUAGCAAGAGGUAGGUGAUAAGAAGGACUUUAGUGUGGAAAUUAGAAAUGAUGGGAGUGUUUAUGAAGGAGUGCUGGGAUAGGAGUAGGGAUGGUGAGGGUAGUUACGUUUUUGCCUCAUUUGCCCUGAAAGCCGUAAUAGGGAAAAAUCAAUCUGAAUUAAAAUUAAAUAAAUGUUUUACAAACUGUCACUUUGUAUUUUUCCAACAUGUUUGGUAACAAAGUGUUUAAUGUAUGUUUAAACAAAGAAGCUUUUUACACCCUUCCAUUAAAAUACAUAAAUCUGGGGUUACCCUUCCAUUUUAUGGGAGUGGAAUGGGAAGGCCCUUGAAAAUCAACCACUUGAAGUUGACAUCCACUCUGGAGCAGGCUGUGUUAAAGACAGGACUCACACUGAAAGGUGAGCCACCAAAUUGAAACACGAGUAAUGGAGAGUAAUGAAGAAUUGGCUCUGUAUUUUUAUAUAAUACUUUUGCAACAUCCCGUCUGGGAAGACCAUUAGUUCUGAGCUGAGCUCAGACAGCACUUGCAUAUUUCAUCUUGCAUAUUUCUCCUUCUAUCGGGUCUACCCUCAUUCAAUUAAACAGUGUAAAAAAAUUCACUCAAGGAAGAAGGAGAUGGAAGAAUAGCCAUCUUGGCAGAAAUAAUAUAAUUUUUUUUAGUUAAUUAAAAUUGUAUUAUGUAAUGUUUGAUACUACAAAAGAAGAUAUGCAACAUACUCAUCAAUUUAAAAACACGAUAAGUUGAACACCAGUGAACACAUCACCUAGAGAAUGAAACAAACAUCACAAAUUCCAUUCAAGCUUCCUGUGUGGCCCUCCACCAUCCCAGCCCCCUGUUCCAUGCCAGGAAUAUCCCAUUUUGAACUUUUUGUUUACCAUGUCAAUGUGCUGUUGACUUUUAUAGGUAACUUUACAUGUAAAACUCCACAUAUCUCUAUGUGUCUCUAAACAAUAAAUGUUUAACCUUGUUUAUUUUAGAGCUUUA